GCAAACCAAACAAACCGGGGGGAACUUCCAGCUGUUGGAACCAAGACUAAGACUGACUGGACUGGCUUGACUUGGUCUGGAAUGGAAUCAGCCAUCCCUUUCUUUGUUCCCGGCGAUCUGUCACAUUCGCGAGAUCUCAUUCAUUCUGCAAUUUUACGACUCGUCGGAUCUUCGCCUGGCCGCUCGUGGCUCUAUAAAUAAAUAUAUCCUCACCCGACAAUGCUCGUCGUCCUCGCUACUGCUCUAUUGGCCCUGAGCGGCAGCUUGGUGAGUGCCCACGGUUCUCACCCCGACCAGCCGCCCUCGUCGGAUUGGGCCACCCGGCAUAUGCAAGAGGAACAUCACAUUGAUGCCUUCGACGCUGCUUCCUUCUUCUCUCUUCACGACUAUGAUGAAUCCGGCGCAUGGACUCCCGAGGAAGUGCGCAAGACGUACGGCAUGGACGAUGAGACGAACGCAGGUGCCACGGAGGAUCGCAAGAGCCAAGCCUUAAGAGAAGUGUUCACUCUCUUCGACCCCACGAAUACUGGCUUCAUCACCCGCGACAACUGGAUGCGCAUCAUCGGCGAGGGCACUCGGCUGCCCGAUCUGGGGUUCGGUCCGGGCCACCACGGCGACAUUGAGUAUGAGUACGAGAUCCACCACUUCGAGAAGUACCAUGGCGAAGAUGCGACAGAGGAGGAGCUCACCCACCCGGAAGACAUUGAGCACUUCCGGCGGCACGACGAGGAAGAUCUGGCGAUGGAGCGCCUCGAGCAGCUCGAGAGCAUGCAGAUCGUCGAGGCCAACAUACCGCAGAAGUUCCUCAAGCAAGCUUAGAUGAGUGUACAUUAGAUUCCUUAUGUUGUUGUUAUAGUUGAUGAUGAUAUUGUACAUAAUAAAUGUGUGAUGAGACGAACAUCCUCAUGGGUGGUCAUACCUUGGAAAUAAUGCCAACCCAAUCCAAACGAAGCGUUAUAACUCCAGCGCCGGCACCUUAACAUCAAACACGCAAUGCAUCACCCCCGGAGCAUACGUCUUGACCUGUUCAACAUGUCGACACUCCGCCACGACCUCAUCUCCAACCUCCAAAACCUCUCCCCUCAACCUCCCAAUCUCACUCGUGACCCGAUCCCUCAUCUCCUCAAUGCGCCUCACAUCCACAUUCUCAUGCACAUGCAACCAACCCCCCAAUUUUCCCACCAUCCGACACGCAUCCCCCCAAGCAGCCUCCGACGACGGC